AUGGAAUGCGAUAAAGAUGAGAAGAAGAAGAUUAAGGAGGAGAAGAAAAGACAGAAACUUGAGAAGUUUCUACAGAAGAAAACACAGGAGGUGAGUGUGACCAAGCCAAGAGGAGAAUACAAGGCAGGAGGGUAUGACCCGAUAGAGAUUGAAAGCAAAUGGUAUAAGCACUGGGAGAGCAACGGGCUUUUUAAGCCGAUGAGCAACGAGAAGAAGUAUGUUAUUCCGAUACCGCCUCCAAAUGUGACAGGCAACCUGCAUAUCGGACAUGCAAUGAUGGUUUCUAUACAGGAUGCAAUUUGCAGAUACAAAAGGAUGUGUGGAUAUGAGGUGCUGUAUAUUCCAGGGACUGACCAUGCAGGAAUAGCAACACAGAGUGUUGUUUCUAAGCAAUUGGCCAAGGAGGGGGUAGCUAGUGUUGACAGGGAAAGGUUUUUGAAGAGGGCAUGGGAGUGGAAGAAUAAGCAUGGAAGCAAGAUAUAUGAGCAGUUUAAGAGGCUGGGCACCAGUGUUGAUUUUUCGAGGGAGAGGUUUACUCUUGAUCCUGGGAUGAGUGAUGCAGUUACCGAGGCGUUUGUGAGGCUGUAUGAGAAAGGGCUGAUAUACAGAGAGCCAAAGAUAGUGAAUUGGUGUGGAAAGUUAUGCACGACCAUAAGCGAUCUUGAGGUGAACCAUGAUGAGAUUGGGCCGAACGUUGUUCUUCAGGUUGAUGGAGGAAUGUAUGAGUUUGGAGUUAUCUACCAUGUGAAGUAUCCGCUGACUACAUGCAAAGAUUUUGAAGGAUGUGUUAGCAUUCUACCAAGCGUCGAGAUAGCGACCACGAGGCCUGAGACGAUUCUUGGAGACACAGCUAUAUGUGCAAAUGGAAAUGACUGGCGAUUCGGCAAUGAUGGAAUACGGAAGAUGUUUGGGGAUGUACCUGAUGGCACAAAGGUGUAUGGAGUGAAUCCGCUGACAAAGAAGGUGAUUCCUGUGAUAUUUGAUGAGUAUGCAGACAUGAGCUUUGGAACAGGAGUGCUGAAGGUGACGCCUGCGCAUGAUGCAAAUGAUUUUGAGUUGUCCAAGAGGCACAGGCUUGAAUGCAUUGUUGUGUUUGAUGAAGGCAAUAAGGUGAGUGUUGAAGGAGAGUUUAAGGGGCUUGGAAGAUUCGAGGCCAGAAAGGCGGUUGUAUGCAAGCUUGAGUCGAUGGGAUUGUAUGUGGAAAAGAAAGGGCAUCCUCAGGUGAUUCCAAGAUGUUCGAGAUCGAAUGAUGUUAUUGAGCCGAUGAUCAAAAGCCAGUGGUGGAUGGAUUGCAAGGAGAUGGCCAGAAAAGCGAUUGAGGUUGUUAGGGACGGAGAGAUGGAUAUUCUGCCGUCAGGUGCUGAAAAGCAAUGGUAUAAGUGGCUUGAGAGCAUAAGGGAUUGGUGCCUGUCAAGACAGUUGUGGUGGGGGCACAGGAUACCGGCAUAUAGAGUGCCUGAAGGGCAAUGGGUGGUUGGGAGAACGAAAGAAGAAGCUUUUGAGAAGAUGAGAAAGGAGCAUCCUGAAUGUAAGUGUGCGAUUGAUGAUAUGGAGCAGGACGAGGAUGUUUUAGAUACUUGGUUUUCAUCUGGGCUGUGGCCAUUUGCAGUGCUUGGAUGGCCAAAGAUGACGGAUGACUAUGCUAGGUAUUAUCCAACGACGCUUCUUGAGACAGGUAGUGAUAUUCUUUUUUUCUGGGUUGCUAGGAUGGCAAUGCUGGGGAUAGAGCUCACAGGAAAGAUUCCGUUUGAUCAGGUUCUUCUGCAUGGGAUAGUCAGAGAUGCACAUGGAAGAAAGAUGAGCAAAAGCCUUGGAAAUGUGAUAGACCCGAUAUUUGUGAUAGAUGGGUGCAGCUUGAAUGAUCUUGUUGCAACAAUGAAGAGUGGAAACCUUGAUGAGAAGGAGGUGAGGGUUGCCGAGGCAGCCUUGCGUAAGGAUUUUCCGAACGGAAUACCUAGAUGUGGAGCAGAUGCACUUCGCUUUACUUUGCUCUCAUAUACGUCGGGAAUGAAAGAUAUCAACUUGGAUGUGCUUAGGGUUGAAGGAUACAGGAGGUUCUGUAACAAGAUUUGGAAUGCACAAAAGUUUGUGAAGAUGGUGGUUGAUGAGAUGUAUGACUGCUUGAGCUCUGCGCAUGGAUAUGAAAAGUAUGUUUUGAACGUGUCAGACCUCGCAAGUGGAUUUGGCUCUGGGCCGAUUGAAUGGAUCCUUAUGAGGAGGAACGAAACAAUAGAGCAUGUCAAAGAAAUGAUCGAGAUGUAUAAGUUUAUGGAAGCAACGCAGGCGAUCCAUCAAUUUUUUAUGUAUGACAUUUGCGAUGUUUUCAUUGAGGUGGUGAAGGGAAACAAGGAAAAGGCGUAUGUCGGUGUUUUACUGACUGUGUUUCUUGACUCUAUGAAGAUAUUCCAUCCGUUUAUGCCUUUUAUUACUGAAGAAGUGUUUUCGAACUACUUUGAUGAGUCAAUUUCAGUUUCAGAAUAUCCGGUGAGCGAUGGAAAUGCCCACAAGAACAGUUUUUCUGCAACAUUACAGUUGGUCAAACACUUACGAGGCUUGCUGGAGGCGAAGGGCCCUGGAGGCAUGAAUGUACUUGAGGUUGUCCCUGGGCCUGAGAUCAGCCAUCAGGAUCUAAGAUUUGUCCAUCUGCUUUGCAGGAGGAUAUGCAGUGUUGAAGUAGUGUGUGAUUAUGAUGAGGAGUUCUUGGACUUUGGAGGUACCAAGGCGUUUCUUCGAAAAGUCGAAUAA